GCAUAUUUGGAGUUUAUGGAAAGGAUAAUUUGGAAGCAGAUUCUCUUCCUGAGACAGGGGUGGAAGAAGAAUUGAAAGCAUCAAACAUGGAGAUGGCAAAUCCUUGCCGGAAAGCUCAUACUGUCUUACAGAGCACCCCACUGGAUCUUAUAGACACAGGAAAAAUUGUGAAGGUGCACACAGAGAAACCACAUCUUGUGAGUCUUGGAAGUGGGAGACUGAGCACUGCAAUCACUCUACUGCCAUUGGAAGAAGGGAGGACCACCUUAGGCCAUUCAUCCAAGGACAUUACUAUACAGGGCCCUGGUAUUGCUGCUACACAUUGCUACAUUGAGAAUAAAUGUGGCACACUCACCCUUUAUCCAUGUGGAAACCCUUGUUCUAUUGAUGGAGUUGCAAUCAUCCAGCCCACGCGUCUGAGACAAGGAUGUAUGAUCUGCUUGGGUCAAUCCACUUUUCUGAGAUUUAACCACCCAGCAGAAGCUCACUGGAUGAAAGCGAUGAUUCCUUCAACUGGUAGAAGCCCUUCAGCAGCUCUGUACUCCUCUGAAACAUUGCCCUCAAUGCUGAAUGGGUCUCGUGACGGAUACCAAGCUAGUAUACCUUCACAUACGUCACUUGUGAGCUCCAUUGAGAAAAACCUUCAAGAUAUCAUGGACUCUUUAGUUCUUGAAGCUCCUCUAACGAGGAAGGUGUCCCAGACAUCCAUUCACAGUAUUUCCUCUAUGUCUAAUGGAAGAAGUCAGCGCUUCCUGGUUUCACCACCUACAAGCCCCCUCUCCUCCAACUCUGGAUAUGAAAAUGCCUUUUCUUCUCCAUUAUCUUCCUCUGGCAGUGGAAGUCUUUCCAGUCCCUCAGCUGGGCAGGAUUUAGUAAACACAACUGUACCUCCUGUUGUGCCUCUUAGAACCUCCAGUUUCAGCCAUUCUUUACCACAUCAAACACCCACAUAUGGGGGCAGCAGUUUGGAUUUACGAUCUCUACGUAGUGGUGGUAGUUCUAUGCUUAGUCCACCUAGUCCAGGUGCAGGGAACAGAGUAGGUGGUCUUAGUGUGCCCAGCAGUCCUAUCAUGGGCAGCAAAUAUCAACAUUCACUUUUGGACAGACCUUCUAGUCCAUACAGGGAGACAGUGUCGAUAGCAAAGAGUUUGCCUCCUGACAGUCCAAGACUAGUGCGCAAAAACAUGGAAAGUAUAAGUAUGAGAGACCUUCCCCCUCCCAGUCCUUCUCUGUCACGCAAAGGCAUUCCUGGUUCUUCCAAAACUGCAUCAGAAAGUCCAUCACGAGUUCCUGAUAGCCCCCGUGCACCAACCCGCCGCAGAGUGGGUAGUGCAAGUUCCCCUGGUUCUGAAGACAAUCUCUUCUCCAGGCAGCUGCGGGAUCGUAGUCCUUCACCCUCUAGUUUUCAAGAACCUCCUCGUCGGCUGACUCCAGCCUAUAGCUAUGGAUCACUGUCCACUCCAUCUCAGAGUCCAAAAACUCAAAGAAAGGCACAUGGACUGAGAGAACGCAAAAAUAGCAUCACUGACAUCAGCGGCAAUCAAGAAGAACUAUUGGAUUACCAUCGAAGACAGAGAGAAGAGAGGCUAAGAGAACAAGAGAUGGAGAGACUGGAGCGACAGAGGCUGGAGACAAUUUUGAAUUUGUGUGCGGAAUACAGUAAGACAGAAGAAACCAGUCCGCCUGCUCAGCUACAAGAACCUCAGGCAUUUUCCUCAAUAGAUGCCAAAGUUGAAAGGACUUCACCUUUGGAUGCUCGAAGACCAUCGUGGGAUGGUAGUUUAGGAAGCAGCCACGAAAAUACCGGCAGCCUGAUGAAAUUGAGGGGAGGACACAAUGAGGAAGAAGCUCGCAAAGAGGAAAAUAGCAGCACAGAGAGUACUCAGCAUGAACACGAAGAUUCUUCACCAGCUGGAGAUGUAAACUCUGAACUGCGCACUCUGGAGGAACAGAGAAGAGCAACAAUAAACCGUGUGGAACAGCUGAAGAACAGAGUGACCGAACUUGAGAGACAAUUGCAAGAAAGUGCUCGAGAGGCAGAGAUGGAGCGUGCUCUACUUCAGGGAGAAAGGGAGGCUGAGCUCUCCCAGUUGCAGCAAGAACAGAGGAUGGUUCAGCAGCUACAAGACAAUCUUACUGCCCUGGAAAAUGAGAUUCAUAAGGAGAAAGAGAAGAUGCGAGAGAAGCUGGAGCAGCAGAGGAUGGAAAUGCAGAGUGUUCAGCUUUCACAUCAUGAUCUGCAGAGGCAACUCCAUAAUUGCCCCGAAGCUCUAAGGGAGCAGGUGCAGUGCCAGCUUACAAGGGAAUCUGACCGUCUAGAAUCUCAGAUGAAGCUGUUUGAAGAUUUGGAGUUCCAGCAGCUGGAAAAUGAGAGCCGCAUGGAAGAAGAGAGAGAAACAGCAAGUCAGCAACUACUGCACACCAAGGGAGAGUGCCAAAAAAGAAUUGCUCAUAGUAAAGAACGCCUGGCUGCACUGGAGCUUCAAGCCAAUCAAAUUAGAUUUCAGUCUGCACAGGAUGCUGAACGUCUUGGUCAGGAAAGAAGUGCCACUUUAGUACAGCUUCACAAGGAAAAGGAAAAGCUGGUUCAGCUGGAGCGAAGAUAUCAAACCCUGACAAGGCAGCGGGGUUUUUCCACUGGGUCAUCUGCUCUCAGGGAGUACAUCACCUUAGAUCAACUCCAUGAUAUACUGGGAAACAUGAUGCCAGGCACUACCAAUAGUGCUCUUCCUUCUGAAGGUUUUGAUGCAAAACCAAACCAUAGUGCUCAUUCCUGUGAAGAUCCGUCUUCUGUUCAUCACUGCUCUUCAUCAUCCUCCUCUUCUCCCUCCAUCUCCCUGGAGGUGAAUUCACAGAUUGAGGGUCAUUCUGCACCCAUUCCUCCUCUGACAGACUGGUAUCAGGAAUUUGCAUCUCUUCCCUCCAGCACUGUUUCUUCCUCCCCACCUCCCCUUCCUGCUAAGUCUCAUGCCUCUCGUAAGGCCCAGCAGAUUUCUUUGUCUCGAACAGAAAUGGAUGGUGGUAGAACACUGCCGAGGAUGAAAACAGUUUCUCCUGCUUCUUCCCACUUCUCGGUUUCUACUUUGGGAAGAAGUGUUUCACCAAAGAGUGCACCUUUGACACAAAAUGGUUCAGGAAGUCUUUCCCGUGGAUUGGCAGUCACUCUGCAGGAUAUUCAGAGUAAGAGGCAACUAGCACUACUUCAAAAAGGACAGCAAGUAAUAGAAGAACAACGCAAGCGCCUUGCAGAGUUAAAGCAGAAAGCUGUUGUUGAGGCUCAGUCGCAGUGGGAUUCUCUCCAUUCAACCCCUCAUCAAAGCUAUCUCCCGAUUAUGCAUCAUUCCAUUCUGCAUCACCAGCGGCCUUUGAACUCCCGUGAUGAUGACCCUGCACAUGGCUAUGACACUUUGAGCUUGGAGAGCUCCGACAGUCUAGACACUAGUGUUUCCACAGGGAACUCGGCGUGCUCUCCUGAUAAUAUGUCUAGUGCUAGUGGUCUGGACAUGCUGAAGAUUGAGGAAAUGGAAAGGAUGCUGCUGGAGGCUCAUGCAGAAAGAGCAAGGCUUAUGGAAUCCAGAGAACGUGAGGUUGAAGCACGCAGAAGAGCAUUGGAAGAUGAAAGGAAGAGGAGAGAGGAACUCGAGAGGCGUCUACAGGAUGAGACUGCUCACAGGCAAAGACUUGUAGAUAAAGAGGUCAAAAUGAGAGAGAAACAUUUUUCUCAGGCUCGUCCUAUGACUCGUUACUUGCCUAUUCGGAAGGAAGAUUUUGACCUCCGUACCCACAUUGAGUCUUCGGGUCACGUGGUGGACACAUGUUCUCAUGUAAUAAUAAAUGAAAAGAUGUGUCGCGGCUUUCUAACAAAGAUGGGUGGUAAAAUUAAGUCUUGGAAGAAGCGCUGGUUUGUCUUUGAUCGCUUGAAACGCACCCUAUCCUAUUAUGUUGACAAACAUGAAGCAAAGCUGAAAGGUGUCAUCUAUUUCCAGGCAAUAGAGGAAGUGUACUAUGAUCACCUGAGAAAUGCAGCAAAGAGCCCCAACCCUGCGCUGACGUUUUGUGUUAAGACCCAUGACCGGCUAUAUUAUAUGGUAGCUCCUUCUGCGGAAGCCAUGAGAAUUUGGAUGGAUGUAAUUGUUACAGGGGCCGAAGGUUACACUCAGUUUAUGAACUAAUGCAGGCGACAAUUCCAGCUUUCACCACUCCAUCAUUCUCCUCAGGACCCAGAA